AUGCCAACGUUGGCUAAUAUAGUUGGAGAUUUCAAAAUACGUCAGAGAGUUUCAGGGUUUCAAUGUGAAGAAAGAGCAUAUUUACAUCUACCUUUACACAAGUACCUUGUAUUCUUUGCCAAAAGUACCUACCUAGGUAGGUAUUCAUCAGACAGUAGGGGCAAAAAAGCUUUUCUUUUCAUCCUCAAUACAAUCAAGUCCUCUAUGGUAGUCCCUACUUAUAUCCUACACGAGGUUUUCCUCAGCCUUUCCGCCGAAUACCAGCCAUCCACCCAUCCAUGCACAAGUUCUGAUGCAGGCACGAGCCUUGCAAAUACACCUCGCACACGAGGUCAAAACCAUGUCGCCAUCUUUAAAUGCCUUUCAUCCCAUCAGACACAGCCCUUCCAACGGUUUCCCAGGUUGCUUAACACAAUAGAAAAAGUAGCCUGCCCACUAACGCCGUACGAUACAGAACCGGGAAUCAUCGCGGUUUAG